AUGGACGCCGAAAAUGUGACGGGGCAAGUCAGCACGUUAAAGAUUGUGCUCGGGUUGAAGACGUUCAAAGGCCUGCACCCGGGCCUCACAUUCGCCAUCCCGUUCGCCGUGUUCACCGUGCUGCUGGCCAUGCUGAUGACGACCGUGUACUACGUGGAACGGCCCGUCUCUUCCCCGCCAUCGGCCAAGGAUAUGGAGCUGGCGAACAAGCAGUCGAAGAAGAAGAAGGGCAAAAAAGGCAAGGGCCAGGAUGCGGCCGUCGUCGAUAAUUUCGAAUUCGCGCCGGCGGAGAAGGUGCAGGAGGGCACGCUGCGGUUGGACGAGAAGCCGGCCGAGGGCGGGGCAGCAGAGGGAGAAGCACAAUCCGAAGCAAAGGACGCCAAG